AUGAAUAUUUUAAAAACUUGUUAUACAGAAUUAGAUUCACUUAUAACAUAUUUACCAAAUCUGAAUUCAAAUCAAAAAGAAUAUUUUCGUGAAAUUUAUUUAACAAAAAAAAUGACAACAAAACAAGAAAUACAAUGGAAAGAAAUUCUUCAAAGAAAAAAUUCUAUAAUAAAUAAUAAUGAAUUAUUUCUUUAUAAUCUUUUAAUAAAUUGUUAUAUGAAAAAUCGUUCAAAUAUUCUUUUAAUAAAUAUUGAUAUAAAAAAUAAAAAUUUAACUAAAAAUACAUUUCAAUAUAAUGAUUAUAUUUAUAAAAAUUCUUUAAUUACAUAUAUUUGUUUAUCAAAUAUAUGGAUUAAAAGACGUAAAUAUUUAAUUGAUGAUGCAUUAAUUUAUCUUUUAAGUGAAUUUCAAUUAAUUGAAUGUUUAACACGUAAAAGACAAUUAUUUAUACAAUUAUCUGGUAUAGGUGAAACAUUUUUUAAUGUACCUUAUUAUAUAACAAGAAAUUUAAAAGAAAAACAACAAAAUAAUUUUAAAUUAAAUAAAUUUAAUACAAGAAAACGUACAGUACAAUUUCAUUUACAUACAACUAAACAAGGACAACAAGCACAUUUAACUGAUUUAUAUGAAACAUUAAUUGCUAGAAAUAUGAUACAAUAUCGUAUAUCAAAAUAUGAACGUUUUGAUAUUCAUCAUCCAAUUGAAAAAUUAUUUAAUGAACAAUUAUUUGUUGAUGCUUUUUUUCAAUCAGAUUUUAGUAAAAAAUUUUUUAAUCAUCGACCAAAAGAAGAAAUGGAACAAAUUCGUGAAAAUCUAAUACCAAUAUUCGAAAAAUUUCAAUUAAAUCACCAUCAAUUUUAUCUUCGACGUCGAUCACGUUUACCAUUAUCAUUUACAAAUCAUCAUGUUCCAGAACCAACUGCUACACUUGAUCAAUUAGUACCUUUAACAACACCGAUUUCUUCUAUAAAAAAUUUUAUUUGUAUAUGGUUAAAAAAUAUUUUACCUAUAGAAUUAUUUGGUUCAAAAUAUAAUUAUAAAUUAUUUAUAUAUAAAAUGUGUUUUCUUAUUGAAUUACCACGAAUACAAGAAUAUUCAUUAGGUGAUGCUAUAAGAAAAUUAAAAUUGAAACAUUUUCAAUGGUCUAAUAUUCAAAUGUUAAAUUCAUCAUCACUUAUAUGUCAAUUAUAUAUUUGUCAUUUAAUUUAUUUUCUUAUACAAUAUGUUCUUAUAUUAGUUCGUUCAUAUUUUUAUGUUACAGAACCAUCGACACCAUCUCAUCAACUUGAACUUAUUUUCUAUCGACAUAAAAUUUGGUAUGCUAUACAACAAAAAUCACGUAAAGAAUUAUUUUCUAAAUCUUGUUGUCCAAAUGUUGAACAAGAAAAUGUUAAUAAUUAUGAUUGUAUACGUUAUUUAUGGAAAAUACGGUUUGUACCUAAAAUAACAAAUGUACGUUAUUUAGCAUGUGCACAAAUAGAAUUUAACACAAGAGAAAAUAUAAAUCAUUUAAAAUAUACAAAUGAAAUAUUAAAAUAUCUUCGAAGACAUAAUAGACAUUUAAUAGGUAUAUCAACAUUUAAUCGUGUUGAAAUGCAUCGACGAUGGCAAGAUUAUUGUCGAAUUGCACCAAAAAUAGAUAAUGACAGCAUGACUUAUUUUUUGAGAAGUGAUAUUUCGAAUUUUUAUGAUUCAGUUAAUCUUGAUUAUCUUGAUAAGGUGAGUACAUAUAAAAGUUAUAUAUGAAAAAUAAAUGCAAGAAAAUAAAUAGACAUAUGAAAUGGAACAAAUUACAUUAAAACUUAAUAAUAGGAGAUCGAGGAAAUAUUUGAGCAAAAAC